AUGGCGGAAAGACAACCUGUGCCCAUCUCUGCGACUCCGGCAGCAGGUCAAUUAGUAGAGCACAAUGGCAAGACCUACGAUACCAUCCAGGAGGGUCGCGCCUUCAUCCUCAUCCCACCCAAUACUCGUACGUCCAUGAAUCCUCAAGCAAAGGCUAAGCCAGAUGAUGGUAGUGAUAUACCGCAAAACGUCUUUUAUAAUCCUAUCCAGCAGUUUAACAGAGACUUGAGCGUUUUGGCGAUCAAGGCUUUUGGAGAGGAUUUGUGUGAGAAGCGGAGGGUGAGGCAUGAGAGAGAUAGAGGGAAGAUUACUGCCAGGAAGGAGAGAAAGAGGAGUAGAAAGAUCGACGCGGUGGAGAAGCAGGUAUACGGUGGAUCUGAGGUGGUAGAGAAGGCCGAGAACCAUACGGAGGAUCAUUCAGAGGAGCAUGCUGAGGGGCAUACGGAGGAGCAAAUUGAUGGUGCUGAAGCGGGAGAAAGCAAUGGUCUAGGCGCAGAGAAGACGGCUGCUGAGGAUGUGGCAGAUAUCGACCUUCUUCGCGCCCAGCAAGGCACCAAGCGGAAAGCUGAAGACGAGAGCGACGAGCUCUCGUGCGGGGCUGCUAGUGCCAAGAAGCAGAGAACGAACGGUGAGGCACCCGGACCAGUCGAUCUCGGAAAGGCCAUGGAGGGUAAGGGCGAGGAUGUCAGUACCGAGGACAACACCACGGGUGAGGUCCCCAGUGCCAACAUCAAUGGGCAACAUAACCAUCCACCUUGGAAACCGAGAUUCCGGAUCUUGGAUGCGUUGUCCGCCACAGGCCUGCGAGCGCUCCGGUACGCAUCAGAGAUCCCAUUUGCAACAGGCGUGACGGCAAACGACAUGGACCGCGGCGCAGUGAGAAGCAUCAAGACGAACGUGGAAUACAAUAAGUUGGGGGGGAAGAUCACGCCAAAUCUCGCCAAUGCAAUGGGACAUAUGUACGCCACUGCCUUUCCACCCACAGAUAGCCAUGGACCGAACCAUAUCAAUGGCCGGUACGAUGUGAUCGACCUUGAUCCUUAUGGCUCAGCAGCACCGUUCAUCGAUUCUGCUUUGCAAGCUCUAAAUGAUGGCGGCAUGCUAUGCGUGACAUGCACAGACUCCGGCGUCUUCGCUUCGUGUGGUUACUGCGAGAAGACCUUCUCACUUUAUGGUGGGAUGCCAAUCAAAGGCAACCACUCGCACGAAGGCGGUCUACGUCUGAUCACCAACUCGGUAGCAACGGCCGCUGCCAAGUACGGUCUCGCCAUUGAACCUUUGUUGUCUCUCAGCAUCGAUUUCUACGUCCGGAUCUUCAUACGUGUCGCUAAGUCACCAGCCGAUGUCAAAUUCCUAGCCGGCAAGACCAUGAUUGUGUAUGAUUGCGACCAUGGGUGUGGCGCAUGGCAGACUCAAAUGAUUGGCCGCAACGCCCUACAGACUGGCAAAGCGAAGAACAAUAGUCCCACCUUCAAUUUCAAGCACGGCAUCGAACAAGGUCCUAGCACCGAUCGGCUCUGCGAGCAUUGUGGCAGUAAGAUGCAUAUCGCCGGUCCCAUGUGGGCGGGUCCGUUACAUAACGCUGCUUUCGUCGAGAAGCUGCUGGGUGAUGCGCAGGAAGCAGAUCCAAAGGUAUAUCAGACGAAGCAGAGGCUGGAAGGUAUGAUCGACACGGCCCGGGGCGAGCUACUGGUCUUGCCUAAUGCCGAAAUAGCAUGGCCAGUGGAUAGCAGCAAAGAUGGUGCAAAAGACACUUUGCCGAAGACGGCACCAGAGGUCGUGGACUUGCAUCCUUUCUUCUUCAUCCCGUCAGCACUGGCGAAAGUGGUACAUUGUAUAGCACCGCCCGAAGCAGCAAUCAAAGGCGCGCUGAGACAUGCUGGGUAUAAGGCAACGAGAAGUCAUUGCAAACCUGGUAGUGUGAAGACGGAUGCGCCGUGGUUUGUGAUCUGGGAGGUUAUGAGGGAGUGGGUGAGGCAGAAGUCGCCUAUCAAAGAGGGUUCACUCAAGGAAGGGCAGCCGGGCUGGAAGGUCAUGGCUGCGGCAAGGAAGAUACUUCCGAAGGAUGAUGAAGUGGAUGGCGAGACUGCCAAAUCAUCGUCACCGGACGUCGCUACGGAAGAAGCGGCAGAGCUUACUGGCAAAUCAGGCGAAGAUCCGAAGACGAUUGAGGUCGUCUUUGAUGAUGCACUGGGUCGAGACAAACCAGGCAAGAGACUCGUGAGGUACCAGCAGAACCCGAGAGAAAACUGGGGACCGAUGACUCGUGCCAAAGGUAGCGCCUAG